CAUACGCAACCUUCCUUACCUCUUCUCUGCUUUUCAUCAAUCAUCACACACAUCCACAUUUUAACAAACAAGGCUUUCUCUUCUUCCAACCAUUUCUCUCCUUUACAUCUACCUCCGGUGAGAAGAAUCUCAGCGGACGAUGAGAAGAAACUCGGCGGAAUCCGAACUUCCUCUCUUCUCAUCGCACCCAGCACCCCUAAAACACUAGCCAUCGCCCUCUUCUGCUCCUGCCUUCUGCACGCCACCUAUCCCCCAUCUUCUUUCCUUUGCGACAUCGACAAACCUGUUGCCCUUCUUGCAGAUCUCUCUUUGCGGAAUCCCUAAUUCGCCAUCCUUGGCUUCCACUAAUAUCACAAACCCCUUCGGUAAUCAACUUCGCUCAGCAAUUUACAACCCUCCUCCGAGCACCGGCGGGGAAUCCCUUAUUCUUUCCCCAAUUCAUUGCUGAGGAAUCGCCUUAGAUAUGCUCUUUCCGUCUUUGCCUGCCCUUUCUUGCCUAUGAGUAAAGAGUGCAAGAAGAUCCAUGGCUUGAAGAAGAAGCACAACAAAGAAGCUCCAGUCUCUCUGUUCACGAGAAACCGCCGAAGAAGAAGACAAGGAUAGAAGGAUUCGGUUGAGAUGAAGAAGGGGAAGGAAGAAGUACGCCGCCAUUUCUCCUCUCACCUCUCUCUGUGGCUGGAAAAUAGUACGAGGGUAGGAGUACGAGGACAAGAUGAGCCCUGCCACGAAAAAGGAAAAACAAAAAACUCAAAUCUCCCCCAUGUGUCUCGGCUCGGUUACUCGAGACUCGCGCGGUGGUAAAGUUCCUGGAGAAAGGUUGCACAACUUUGAUUUGGGAAGCAAGAGUUCAGAUGGUGGUGGCGAGAGCAUCGGCCGGCGGGUUUCAGCCGGAGGAUUCUGUGGGUGUGGACACCGACAUCACUACGAGCAAGCUGGCAGGGAAGUUCUCGAGAUAUGGGGUCUGGGGGAAUAAGAGUUCUGAGGAUUCACAUUCAGCUGUGGGAGUUUUGUGCCGGGUUUGCAGGUGUUAUGGUUUGGUCCACUACAAGGAAAAAGGAUCUGGGGUUUACGAGAUUCUCAUUGAAAGAUGGCAAUAGAUAUCUACGAGAUUCAUGGUGGAGAGGAACCAUAUAAGAGUAAUUUUGACAAUCUGCAACUCUCCGCAGAGUCCAUCUCUCUUUCUCUUACGAAAUGGAUAGAAGCAAUGAGUAAAGAAAGUAGUUCCUUAGAAGAGUCGAUCAUCGGCAUGCAUUUAAAGAUCGUUGCUAUGUGAUUUUUCUAAGUUUAAAUCUGGUUGUAUAUAUGGAAGGCGAGAUAAUUGAUUUCCCUUUCCAAAGCAACACAGACAAGAUUUGUUAGCUAAACCGUCUGGAUAAACUGUGGUUACUUGGAAGUCUCUGAGAGCUAUUACACUUGGUACAAAAUUUGACGAAUUUGCUGCUUCUAAUCCUUACUCAACGAUGCUCUGCUUUCAAUAUAUUUUCCUUUCCUUUUGGUGCCAGAAUCGGCUGGUGUUAGUAGGGUGCAUGGUUGAAAUCUGCCUUUUAUCUCUAGGUAAUGUUUGGUACAGAUUCGCAAACGUGUACCUUUUAGUAUGUUAAAUAAUUCUGACUUGAUUAGCAGCUUAUUAUCAUUCUUGAACAAUUAAUGGAAAGGGAUGUGGUUCGUACAAGAGGAGAUUGAAACAAAGAGACUACUUCCUCAUGUGGAGGAUGAACUGAAGAGCUGUAGUUAGGAGAUAGCAACUGAACAUAGGGAAUUAUGUCCUCUCUUAUCUGAACAAGAAUACAGCCAAUAAAGGUUGCAACGGAUUUUUGAGUCUUUCCUUGCUUGAUUCUUAUAGUAUCGUACAGUUCUGCUAGGUUCUAUAAAUUGAGAAAACUCCAUCUUGGCUUCAAUUAACAUGGCUCGAGACUCCAGACCUUUUUCCUGCUGUGUCUCAAUCACUUAAUUGUGAUUUUAAUUUUCCCCUGUUAGGUUGCUAACACAGGCAUGGCGGUCUAUUCAGCGUUCAAGAAUAUGUUGUUAUUUCGAGAGUUAGGUCGGCUGAUGGUUUGAAGUUUCAUAUUGAAAAUGAAGAUUACAUUUACGAAAACUACACAAGGAACAUUGUAUACAUUUGAUGAGCUUGGUGGUUAAUCCUGCUCUAUUCCUCCCAAUUCUGGAAGAUUGCCUGCACCCAAUCGUUGGUACACUAGCUUUAUAUGUUGCCACUUACAAGUGCUUACUCUUUAACCAUGAUAGGGAUGCCUGCUACUUGCUGCAACGUUCCACAGUGACAUAUUCAUGCCUAAAAGUUUGUUUCUUUUAGGUCAUAUAAGUCAUUCUUGCUUUCUAUCAUACUGAUACUUCUUACCUACAGAACCGAAGGCCCUUAGUGCGGUUGGCUAUUAUAUACAUGUUAUCUGCAAAGUUAUCCU